AUGCUCUCCAACUCACUCCGUCGCGCAACUCGCACCCUGCCCUCCUCGACCCGUCUCUUCCACGCAUCUUCCGUCACCGCGGCCCAGACAGCCCCAGGAAAAGACCCGCGGCUUUCGCAAGGAACGGUCAGCCAGGCGGGCAACAGGCACUCCCAAGACACACACGACCAGGCCGCGCGGGGCGGUCAACGCGUCGCGUCGGGGGAGCAAUCCUCGGGCCCACACGAUGCCGCGUCGCGUAAAGGCAACCAGAGCGCCGACCACUCCGAACUCUCGGGAAACCAGGAAGGCGUCGGUUUCGCUGACCAGGUCGGCUCUGCCUCCAGUACCGCUAACAAAAGUGCAGCGGCGGGAGAGGGGAAAGGCCGCGAAGAAGAUGCCAUGCCCGAGGGUUUGGCUGCGACUAUCAAGAGCAAGCUCGGGCUAGGAUCGAGCAGCGGUGGUGCGAAGCAGACCAGAGCAUUCCACACGUCGGCGGCGCGCGCUGCGGCAUCCACAGUCGGCCAAGCCCCCGACGCGAGCAGGGAGCCCAAGGAGCGCACCAAUGCGGACCAGAACCCGCACUUGAAGCACAAGCCCGCCAGCUCCGCGCAGGCAUCUCCCGACAAGGGCAAGGGAAACGCGGGAGAGAACCCAACGCUGCCGUCGCAUCAGUUUGACAAGAAAUCCUCGUCUGGCUCACAGCAGAAGCGCACCUUCUCGAUGUCUGCACGUCGUCUUGAGGACAAGAAGCACACGGCCGAUUCGUAUUUCAAGGACGUCGACAACACUCCUCCGGCUUCGUCCAAAACGCAUCAAGUCGACGGUUCCGGGACCGGGUCACAGAUUCGUCGCCCGAAUGAGCCUAUGACGGGAGAGUUCUCGCGUGCUGGACCUGAAAGCAAGGAGUAUGAGACCACGACCAAGAAUGGCCAGUAUGAUACACCUCCCGACCAGGGUCCGGAGUCAGAACAGAAGGGGCGGUAUGGGAACAUGGCCAAACUCGACGGUAGCCAGUCCACCGACAAGGGUGUGAGCAACAAGGAUGAAGGACCGGAAGGUGCAAGCAAGGGUGGUCGGAAGCCGGAGGGCCGUUCGUGA